AUGAGUGGGUUACUAUUGAUUCUUGCAUGCACAAGCAUGUCAACUUAUGCUGCUACUUCAACUACUACUUCUGACUUAUCCAAGGUUACACUGAAAGUACCAAUUGCAGGUUUAGAUACACCUUUCAAAGGAAACCCAUUCAUUGGAAUCCUACCACCUGGGCUUAAUCCAAAGGUACAGCAUUGCUGGUUAUCCCUUCACAGCACAACAGGGUGUGUGCAACAGAUAUUUAACUUCCUUUGGCUUGCCCCACCAAACCCUCUUACACUGGAAUCUGAUUGUUGCAAGGCCAUUACUGAAGUUAACAACAAUUGCUGGCUUGUAAUGUUCCCUUUCUACCCACAACUUCCAAACAUACUCAACGGUCAUUGUGUUAAAGUUGGAGGAAUUGCACCCAAUGUCGGCCCAACAGAUGCUGCUGCACCCAGCUCUUAG